UCCGUAGACCUUGCACUCGUCCACCGUAGGCUGGCGUUUGUGCGGCGGAGCUCUGCUGCGAGCAGCACCGGUGGGCCAUUUCCGAACCAUGGAGCAGAUCAGUAACCUCCAGGUGGUUCCGUGCGCCAGCUCGGACUACCUGAAAGCGUUCACGGUGCGCUAUAGCCAGAAUGGAACAAAGAAAUCAUGGGACUUCAUGCGAACCCACGACAGUGUCUCUGUGCUGAUCUUCAACACCACCUCUCACUGUUUCAUCCUGGUCAAGCAGUUCCGCCCAGCUGUGUACAUGUGUGAGUGGGAGAAAAGCAUGCCCACACCUCCCCAUCCGGAGGGGUCGCAGGAGGGGUCCGAGGGCUGCCCCGCUCCUGCCCCAGAUGAACCUGCGACAUCUGGGGAGGGGCAGGAGAGCGAAGGGGCGGCCGGCCAGCCCGAACAGCCCCCGGCCUCGGCCGGCGUGACCUUCGAGCUGUGCGCUGGGCUGGUGGACAAGCCCCACCUUUCGCUGGAGGAGAUCGCCAGGCAGGAAGUCCUGGAGGAGUGCGGCUAUGACGUUCCUGUUGCCAGGCUGAGGAGGAUCACAUCCUACAGGUCGGGGGUAGGGGUCACUGGAGCCAAGCAAACCAUGUUCUACGCCGAGGUGUCAGACGAGGACCGUGUCAGCGAGGGGGGCGGGAAACCUCAGGAGGGCGAGCUGAUCGAGGUGGUCAAAGUGCCCCUGCACGAGGCCAUGACUUUCGCCUAUGACGAGAGCAUCCCAAAAACCAUGGGUGUCAUUUUCAGCUUCAUCUGGUUCCACAGCAGUAUGUCACCCAAAUACAAGAUCUCCACCAAUGUGUAACGACUACUGCAGUUCCUACCCCUUAUAGUCCCCCAACCCCCCCUUGAUUAUUAUUUAAGCUGGUCAGUGACUGUUCUUAUUUGUUUUUUCCCCUAUUCUUCUUACGACUUCUAGCAAACUGCAAGCUAUCCUCUUUCCUUGGUAGCGGACGAGGCCUAAUAGGUUGCCAUAGAACUAAACAGGGUCAUUGUGGGUUUGUUGUGUGAAAUGGAAUGCUUUGCUUUGAACAAGUCAGACAUUUUAGCUGGCUACUCUUUUGACAAUCUCACCAUGGCCCUCAAAGACCAUAAUGGCAGCCUCUUCUCUCCAGCUUCAAGAGAUGAAGGGGAAAGGUGAGCAUAAGGUGUGGGUAUCGCCUUACGUCGGGAGGUGGGGAUAAACUCAGAUCGUCAGAGUUUAAGCAGAGAUGGGACAAGUGAGGUUUCAGCCAUUUCCCCACAAUUUUUGCAGCCCAACUUUGACAAAAAAAAAAGGCAAGAUAUUGCCACAAUAAGCAAUGUGAUUGCUUAGCAUUGUGUUUGGUUUUAGGCAGCUACCCAACUAAGUGCAAGAUAACCCACCACAGUUAAUAACAGGGCUGUUUUUUAGUUAACCAUAGAAUAGACAUCUCAGGUCCAGCAUAGACUUUAGGACAUUCAGGGUCAAAAGCAAUGUUCUUUAUCUAUUCCUAACACAAAGAUAGCAUCUCUUUAAAGGAGCUAUAUGAAAGAAAAACAAAACAAAUGGCACUUAUCUGAUAAUAUUAGCAGAAUAUUUCCAGGUGGAUGCUUCGGUGGGCACUCCUUUCUUCAGUGUUGGUGUGAACGCUGGGUCAACUACGACUUCUGAGCCAGAUUAGACACGCUUUGCUCUGACACAAUCACAUUUAUUGUUGGCUACUGCAGAUCUUGAAGCAGUAACAGAAUGUAAUUUCAACUCUUACAAGUACUGUAGCUCCUUUUAAGGAAAAUUUGCGUUUGAUGCUGUAGUACCAUAUAUAGUACCAUCUUGAACUCCUUGACCAUUCUCUUGUCUACAGUUAGAAAGCAACUUUGCCAAAAUCCUGUCAAAUCCUUGGCUUCCCCCCCCCCCCUGUCCGUGCUGACUUCCCAGAAUCCACUAGGAGUGACUGUGCCUGCCUAUAGAGCUUGUAUUUUUAAAAUCAAACAUGUAAAGCAAAUUUAAAAGAAUUAUGAUGCCACAACAUGAUGUUAAUUCUCCAAAACUAAUUUGAUGUAAACACUGGCUCUCCUUCAGUAGUGAAUCUCUUUACCUUAAAACUAACAUUUGAGGGUCAUGCAUAGUGUUGAUGUAUUUUGCACAUGAUAUUGUUGUGGUUUCUCUGCUGGACUGAUAUUUGCACGUUAGAACGUGCAUAUUUGUGUAUGCUCUUGUCCUUUAAUUGUACUGUUUAUAUCAAACUGUACUCUAGCCAAUAUUUGGAAGAUGUAGGAAAUAUACAUGCUGAUGUCAUGACCCAUCAGUUACUGCCUGGUCAGCUUUGUUCAGCUUCUCUUGUUUAUUAAAAAUGAGUGUUAAAUUUUA